UUAUAAGAGCUCUUCUUUGCUAUACGCUGGCGUGUGGUGCAGUUCAACUGGAGAUCUCAGAGAGAUGGCUUUCUGGGAGACAGUCCUCUGUGCCCUCCUAGCCUCCAUCAUAGGGGGGCUCUAUCUGUUUGGGGCAUUUCGCAAGAGGAGACCCAAGGAGCCCCCUUUGGAUAAAGGCCGCAUCCCGUGGCUGGGACAUGGGCUGCACUUCAGAAAUGAUGGCGUGGACUUCCUGCAGACGAUGCAAAAGAAACAUGGGGAUAUUUUCACCACCUUGAUCGCAGGACACUAUUUCACUUUUCUGAUGGACCCACUGUCUUUUGGCGUCAUUGUGAAGGAAGCAAGAGCCAAACUGGAUUUUUCUUCAUUUGCAAGAGAACUUGUCAUUAAAGUGUUUCAGUACGAUCCUUCUGGGUUGACUCAUAACGUAGUAGAGGCAGCCAGUGUGAAACACCUCAAGGGGAACGGGCUGGAGGUGAUGACUCAGGCCAUGAUGGACAGUCUGCAAAGAGUAAUGCUUCACAGCCUGGGCUCAGCAGAAGUGCAGAAGCCCUGGAAACAAGAUGGGUUGUUCCACUUUUGUUACAACAUGGUCUUCAGGGCUGGAUAUCUAGCUUUGUAUGGAAAUGAGCCCGGUAAAGGGGAGAAGGAGAAAGAAAAUGCCAAGAAUUGCGACCUAACGCACUCUGAACAUGUAUUUGUACAAUUUCGCAAAUACGACCAGCUCUUUCCCCGCUUAUCCUAUUCCAUGCUGACAUAUGGAGAGAAGAAAGAAGUUCGGGAUCUGUGGAGCUUCUUCUGGAACCUCCUGUCUGUGAAAAAUGUAUACAACAAGGAAAACAUCAGCGGGUGGAUAAGUGAUCAGCAAGAGCAACUAGCAGGAGCUGGCGUGCCCGAGUAUAUGAGGGAUCGGUUUAUGUUUGUGCUUCUCUGGGCAGCUCAAGGGAACACUGGUCCAGCCUCCUUCUGGCUUCUCAUACACCUGAUGAAAAAUCCCCAGGCCAUGGAUGAGGUAAGGAAAGAAGUGGACAGAGUGGUGAGAGAAUCUGGCCAGGAGGUGAAGCCGGGCGGUCCACUGCUGAAUGUCACCAAGGAGAUGUUAGCCAAGAUCCCUGUCUUGGACAGUGCUGUGGAAGAGACGUUGAGAGUUGGGGCAGCCCCACUGCUGAUCAGGGCUGUGAUGGAAGAUAUGGACAUCAAGAUGAACAAUGGGAGGGUGUAUGCUCUGCGUAAAGGAGACAGAAUUGGGAUCUUCCCGUACUUGGCAUCACACAUGGAUCCGGAAAUCCACCCCGAGCCCCAUCUUUACAAAUACGACCGCUUCCUCAAUCUAGACGGCACCAAAAAAGAAUUCUACAAGAAUGGGCAAAAGGUGAAAUAUUACACCAUGCCUUGGGGCGCAGGGACCUCCAUGUGCCCUGGACGGUUCUUUGCUACCGCUGAGAUUAAACUCUUUGCCUUUGUAGUGCUCACCUACUUUGACAUGGAGCUGGUCAACAAGGAGGAGGUGGUCCCUCCAAUAGACAAACGCCGCUAUGGAUUUGGAGUGAUGCAGCCCACACAUGAUGUCCAGUUUAGGUAUCGACUGCGCUAUUGAGGGGGGCAGAAUGGCUGGUGUCGUAGUCCUGCCACAGUUGCCAUUUGUGGGCAAACUAACUUUUCAGAAGGAAUCGUUUGUACGUGUGUGCAGAGGAAUGCUUGUAGGGGAAAGCGACACUUGCCCAGAAAGGUUGGGUAUAAGCCAAGAUCAUUUAACCAUCCAUUGGCGAUUAUCUUAUCCUUAAGUUUUAUUUUAUGAUUUGUUUUACAAAUAAGGUUCUCAUUUCUCUUUCCUGUUUUUAUGUUUUAAAAGUAUACAACAUAACGUUUUGGUUAGUGUGUUCCACACUAUUCCCCUUUGCGGCCCUCACUGCUUCACCCCACCAAUGCAGCAGUAGCUAUUGAGCAAAUUCAGCCCAGGUGGAGCUGUUUUGAUCCUUUCUCUGCUUUAGGGCUUGUUUGUAUUUCUGCAAACAUUGGAGUUCCAUUCUCACCACACACACACACACACACACACACACACACUCCUGUUGAUUCAUCCCUUUUGCAUGUGGAUAGCAAAACUCUUGCAUGAAAUCACAAAUAGACAGUAUAAUGGUAAAGUUUAAUUUUUUUAGGCCAGAAUAUUAAUCCUCUGUUGUAUGUACUGUGGAAUCUUUUUCUAGUGGCGGGCGAGGUGUGUGUGUAUGUGCUUAACCCUUCUCCCACCAUAGAACUGCAGCUCCUCCACCCUGUUACUCCCUGUGGAUUUCAUCCCUAGUAGGGUGACCCUAUGGAAAGGAGGACAGGGCUCCUGUAUCUUUAACAGUUCUAUUGAAAAGUGAAUUUCAGCUGGUGUCAUUUGAUAUAUGGAGAACCUGGUGAAAUUUCCUCUUCCUCACAACAGUUAAAGCUGCAGGUGCCCUGCUCUCUUCUAAAUCUGGUCACUCUAGUAUAGCUCCUGCACCUUUGUGAUGAAGAGGGAAUUUCACCAGGUUCUCCAUGUAUACAAAUGACACCUGCUGAAAUUCCCUUUUCCAUGCAACUGUUAAAGAUACAGGAGCCCUGUCCUCCUUUUCAUAGGGUCACCCUAAUCCCUAGUGAUUGGAACUCUAAUGGCGCAAUGGCUGAGAGCUCGAGUGGGAAGGACCAGCUGAAAUCUCACCCCCAUUUUGAAUUCACAAAAUAGCCAUUCCCAAGACAAGCCCUCUGUGGCAAUACCACCUUUCUGUCCCUUAAGUAUGUCUGGGGGUUUGUAUGUCUAGCGAGUGCGGAAUAUUUGACUGAGUGGGUGUGGCUAGUGAUGCGGUGAGAGGGAGGAGCAUAAAUAGAGUGGCUGAGGAGAUUGUGAGUUUAGUUUGAGUGAGUUCAGGGUGUUUAGUUUGGAGUGUCCAAUGGUGUGGAGAGUGAAUGGAGAUAAAAAAUUUAAUAGACUUAAUAUUACUGUUUUGAUUAGAACUAGUAGAUUAAGCAGGUUAACUUGCCUUUAAAGUAACUAAGACCUGUUAAACAAAAAUAAACAUUUUAUUUUGUUUUGUUACCCCAAA